AUGGUUUGGAACUUUAGAUAUGGAAGGAAUGUAAUUGAAUUGAUUCAUUCCAACAGAUCAAUAUUAGUGAGAUUAAUCAUGAGAAAACCUUGCUGCGAAAACGAAGAUAAGAACAAAGGAGCUUGGUCCAAACAAGAAGAUCAAAAGCUUAUUGAUUUUGUUCAAAAGAAUGGUGAAGGAAAUUGGCGAAAACUCCCACUAUCUGCAGGCUUGCUUCGAUGUGGAAAGAGUUGUCGGUUGAGAUGGAUAAAUUAUCUUAGGCCUGACCUUAAACGAGGUAACUUUGGAGAAGAUGAAGAUGACCUAAUUAUCAAGCUCCAUGCUCUAUUGGGAAACAGGUGGUCGUUAAUAGCUGGAAGACUACCUGGAAGAACAGAUAACGAGGUUAAAAACUAUUGGAAUUCACAUCUCAAGAAGAAACUUAUAAAAUGUGGCAUUGAUCCGAAUAAUCAUUCAAUCAAUAAUCGCCCAACUCCAUAUUAUUCUCAAGAACGCGCUAAAUCACAAGAGAUUAAUAAGCCCGUUCUUGAAUCAAACGCCACAAUAGCUGGAGAAGAAACAAGUCAUGUGGUACCUGAUUUGAAUCUUAAAAUAGAAUUGUCUGAUAAUUUGAAGGUUGUGGAAGAGAAGAAAGAGCAAGAGUUAAUGACCGUCGCAAAAGAAAAGAUCGAGGGCAAGCAUUUUGCUACUCUCGCCCUCUUCACGUAAUCUCAUAUAUAUAUAUAUAUAUGCAUAUUAUUGUAAAUUAAUUUCCCUAUAUGAUAUAUAUAGUUCUCUAAUUGUUGUUGUUAUUGUCAUUUUGAAUUAUAUAGUUGAAGCAGAAGGAACAAAUGGUAUUUAGUUUUGUGCC